CAGUGGCAGACGAUAAUUAUUCAGAUGCAAUACACUACUUAUAUUAAUUUUGAAAUAUUUUACAAAGGGUGAAAGUUCAGUGAUUCAUAUCAGAUGACUAUUAGUAGAACACCAUCUCCUGCUCCUCCAUCAAGAAACUCCUGCGAAUCCUGUCCAAACUCACCUGCAUCCCGUCUCAGAAAUAACUAUAAGAGGAGUAGCAGUUCGCCAGCUGGAAACCGGCAGAAGAGAGAUCUCAAGGGCAAAGCCAUAUUAGAAGCAGUCGAUAAAAGUGAUGUCGUCACUCUAAAACAACUUGCAAUUAGUAGAGAAGGUUUUAUCAACAAUGACCUUCGAAAGUUGGCUUGGCCAAAAUUACUUGGCCUCAGCGAGAAUGAUAGAAUUGAAAGACCUAGUGAUGAAGUUCUUCAUGCUCACAAAGACUAUAAUCAGGUUGUCUUAGAUGUUAAUCGUUCAGUUAAAAGAUUCCCCCCCGGAAUGGAGGAAGAAGUUCGAUUGUCUUAUCAAGAUAUUCUCAUAGAUGUCAUAAUGCGAGUACUUGUUAACAAUGAAGGACUAAAUUAUUAUCAGGGAUAUCACGAUGUUUGUGUCACAUUUUUAUUAGUUGUUGGUGAAGAAUUAACUGUGACGUUGAUGGAUAAAUUAUCAAAAUCUCAUUUAAGAGAAUUCAUGGAUGUUAAUAUGGACAGAACAAAUCAUAUGCUCGAUUAUUUAUUUCCAAUAAUAGGAAUGGUUAACUCAGAAUUACGUAGAUUCUUGGAAUUAUCUGAAGUAGGAACUAUUUUUGCUCUCUCAUGGCUCAUUACAUGGUUCGGCCAUGUCUUAAAUGAAUUUUCCUCAAUUGUUCGCCUUUAUGAUUUCUUCAUAGCUUGUCAUCCACUGAUGGCUGUCUAUAUGGGUGCUGCAGUAGUUCUAGAUCGAAAAAAUGAAGUGAUGGACUGCCAGUGUGAAAUGCCUUUUGUACAUAGUUUAUUAUCUAAUAUUCCGCCAGAAAUACCACUAGAGAAACUUGUUUCACAAGCGGGUCUUUUAUAUAUAAGAUUUCCUCCAGAGACUGUUGAACUCGAGGCCAGGAUACUUCUUGAAAACCGAAAAAGGGAACAGCGAGAAAGAGAUGCUCGUAUUGCAGAAAUGAAAUUGAAACGACAAAAUGGCAGUAGAAUCGUUAAAUCAAAAUCAGCAGAUUUUCAUUCCAAAUCCGACAAAGCUAUGUUUUAUAGUGUCAUAAAAUGGACGGUAGGUGGAGUUGUAGCUGCUGUAACAGUAGCCGCUGUCUCAAAAAGUUUUGGGUUGAAUUGGGUUGUUUGGUGA